AGGGAGGGACCGCUUGGAGGCCGCUUGGGGCUCGCCUCCCGGGCGGUCUAGGCUAGGUCUGGGCCACCCGAGACUUCUUCACUUGGAGAGCCGGGUCCCAUGGCGCUGCAGGGUAUCCGGGUGUUGGAGCUGGCCGGCCUGGCCCCAGGCCCGUUCUGCGGUAUGGUCCUCGCGGACUUCGGGGCCCAGGUGGUGCGUGUGGACCGGCCGGGCGCCAGAGGGGACGUCAGCUUCAUGGCACGGGGCAAGCGCUCGCUGGCGGUGAACCUGAAGCGGCAGGACGGGGCAUUGGUGCUGAGGCGCCUGUGCGCCCAGGCGGACGUGGUGCUGGAGCCCUUUCGCCACGGUGUUAUGGAAAAACUCCAGCUAGGCCCGGAGAUUCUGCAGAGGGUGAAUCCAAAGCUCAUCUAUGCCAGGUUGAGUGGAUUUGGCCAGUCAGGAAGAUUCUGCAGGGUAGCAGGCCAUGACAUCAACUAUUUGGCUUUGUCAGGUAUUCUGUCAAAGAUUGGCAGAAGUGGUGAGAAUCCGUAUGCACCGCUGAAUCUCCUGGCUGACUUUGGUGGUGGUGGCCUCAUAUGCACACUGGGCAUCUUGUUGGCUCUUUUUCAACGCACACGCUCUGGCAAAGGUCAGGUCAUUGAUGCCAGCAUGGUGGAAGGAACGGCAUACCUAAGUUCUUUUCUGUGGAAAUCUCAACAAGUAGGACUAUGGGAACGACCUCGAGGACAGAACAUGCUAGAUGGUGGAGCACCUUUCUACACAACCUACAGGACAGCAGAUGGGGGCUUCAUGGCUGUUGGAGCAAUAGAACCCCAGUUCUACAAGCUGCUAAUCAAAGGACUUGGACUAAAGUCUGAUGAGCUUCCUAAUCAAAUGAGCAUGACUGAUUGGCCAGAAAUGAAGAGGAGAUUCGCAGAGGUAUUUGCAAAGAAGACCAAAGAAGAGUGGUGUCAGAUCUUCGAUGGCACAGAUGCGUGUGUGACUCCAGUUCUGACGUUUGAAGAGGUCACCCAGCAUGAUCAUAACAAAGAACGAGGCUCAUUUAUCACUGAUGAGGAGCAGAGUGUGAGUCCCCGCCCUGCACCUCUGCUGUCAGACACCCCCGCUGUCCCUUCUUCCAAGAGGGAUCCUUUUGUAGGAGAACAUACUGAAGAGAUACUUCAAGAGUUUGGGUUCAGUCAGGUAGAGAUCAAUCAGCUUACCUCAGAUAAAAUCAUUGAAAUUAAUAAGCCACGAGCUAAUCUCUAAAUUCCAGGCCUCACAGCUCAAGUGAAUUGAAUAUUACGUGUUCAGUGUGGGAUAAUACAUAAAAUUGUGUGCACAGAAACACGAAGGAACAGCAUCCUGGUAGACCAGCUGUUCUAAUCAAGAAACAAGACUAUGAGUACACAGUAAUGAUUGAAUUCUGAAAAUGGUUAACAUGAUUAUUGAUUUAGGAAUGUUUUUAGUUUACUAAUAUUAAAUUGUGGCCGUUUUUCUGCUUUUCAAUUUACUUGAUAGAUUAUAUUUUUAAUAUUAAGAUAUGAAUCAUAUACUUUCAAUGGAUGAAUAUAAUGGUUUUUAUUAAAUAAAGCCUUUCCCCCCCUAAAGUUUA